AUGUAUUUUAAAGAAGAAUUAGGAGUGGAUGCAUAUGCACCCAAUUGUGAAAUGCUUUCUGAAAACUUGCUAUUUGCAAUGUAUCAUCAUUCUACGCUUACCAGAAUCCAGGAAAGAACAUUAGAUUCCUUUCAUGAUAAGAAUGGCAAGUGUAGGCUUAUUUUUGCCACUAAUGCUCUUGGAAUGGGAGUAAAUUUCCAAGACAUAAGAUUCAUUGUUCACUAUGGUCCACCGCGAGAAAUGGAGGAACUUGUCCAACAGAUUGGCCGUGCAGGAAGGGAUGGGAAGCCUGCCCAUGCGUUGAUUAUGUACAAUGGUCGUCAUCUUAAGAAUUGUGACCAGUCGGUAAAAGAUAUGUGCAAAGCAACUUCAGGCUGUCUAAGGAAGCGAAUGUUGGCUGAUUUUGGAGUGGAAGACCUACAAAGUCAGGAGAAGCACAAUUGCUGCAUAAACUGUCAUAAAGAAUGUUUGUGCAGUGAUGAUAAAUGCCCAAUUCCCUUCCCUGAAAUCUCCAGAACAAAAACUACAAUUAAAGAAAACCUUAACACAAGAAAGAUUACACUUGAACAGAAACAACUACUGGAAGAAUUGCUAAGGGACAACAUAUCAGUCAUGUCAUCUGGACUUCUCAAUUUUCUUGGUGUGGAUGGCACUGCCCUAUUUUCUGAAAGUUUGAUAAAGAAAGUUUUAAAACAUGCCAAGUUCGUUUUCACAACAGAUUAUAUACUUGAGAAUCUGCCAGUAUUUAAGAGUGAGCAUGCUAUGGACAUAUUAUGCAUGUUUAAUGAUGUGUUUGAAGAUGUCGAUGAAGGAGAACUUGACGCAAACCAGUGUUCUUCAUUUGAUGAAGACUAUAUUUAUAAUGUAGAAAUGUACAUUUGUGAUGAAUUUCUAGAGGAAUCCAGUGAUAGUGACUGUACAAUUUCUGAUACUGAUGAUGAGUUGGUCUGA